AAACCUAAACCUAGUAUCCUAAACCCAGCCGCCUGUCUCUACUGUUUUUACUUCACUGGCUGAUGUCUGAUUAACAAAUAACAAGCAUUCUCUUCAACGAAUCAAAAGGAAAGUCCAGUUGUACGUGAGACACAGUGUUCUUUAAUACUUAGGAAUCCUCAUCAUGGAAAUCAAAGGUCCCAGUGAAGAUGGCUCGCUCAUCCUGUUAAAGCAAGGAGCUGAAGCUAGAGUUUUUGAGGCAACAUUUGUUGGAAGGAAGUCCAUUGUCAAGGAACGCUUUUCAAAGAAGUACAGGCAUCCUUCUUUGGAUUCAAAGCUUACCCUCAGGCGCUUGAAUGCGGAGGCUCGAUGCAUGACAAAAGCAAGGAAACUUGGAGUUUCUACUCCAGUGUUGUAUGCUGUGGAUACUGUGCUGCAUACAUUGACGUUUGAGUACGUGGAUGGUCCUUCUGUCAAAGAUUUAUUUCUCGAGUUUGGGUUAAACGGUGUAGCUGAAGAGAGGUUGGAUGAUAUCGCGGUACAGAUUGGUGAUGCAAUAGGCAAGCUACAUGAUGGUGGCCUCAUUCAUGGGGAUUUGACCACAUCGAACAUGUUAAUUAAGAAGAGUUCCAAUCAACUGGUCCUUAUUGAUUUUGGACUGAGCUUCACAUCAACCCUUCCAGAAGAUAAAGCUGUUGAUUUGUACGUGCUUGAGAGAGCCUUAGUUUCAAUGCAUUCUUCAUGUGGGAAUGUGAUGGACAAAAUACUUGCAGCAUACAGGAAGUCCUCGAAACAGUGGUCAUCAACAUUAAACAAGCUAGCGCAAGUGCGACAAAGGGGUCGUAAACGCACCAUGGUUGGAUGACCCUUCUUGAACUAUUCUUUUGGUAAGGAAUCAAUGGUCAUUCAGAAGACUUUCCACGAGAUCUACUUUCCGUUGAUGCUAGCAGGAUGCUGUAUUACAAUCUAUUAUGGAAAAAGGAAGAACGCAUCAUUGACGAUGAGCAGGAACUGAUAAAGUUGCCGUUGUAUAUGUGCUAAACUUUGUACACUGAAGUUGUUGCGCCAUUUUUAGUCGUGGAAUCUCUCUUUGCUUAUACUAUGUGGGAUUUAAGGAAAGUCGUACUAGAGUUACCAAGUUUCUUACGAACCUAAAAGAGAAUAUUUGGGUUGUUGUACAUUGUAACAGAGGCUUCACCAGAAUAAGGUUUUCUGCAUGUUUUAUUAUUGUCAAGUAAUUGAAGAAUUUAUGCUGAAUAACAUUGUUAUUUGAUUUGGCUUGUUUA